AUGCAAUCAAAUCAAGAUAUUGAAAUGAUGGCAGUAAAGAUUAUUGAAGUUACAGUUGAGGAUAUUAGAUUCCCAACAUCAGAUGAAUUGGUAGGAUCUGAUGCAAUGCACACUAAUCCUGAUUAUAGUUGUGCCUAUGUAACUCUUAGAACAAAUGUACCCAAUUUAGUUGGUGUAGGAACAACAUUUACACUUGGAAAAGGUACAGAUGUAGUUGUAGAAUGUGCAAAAGCAUUGAAUGAACAAUUUAUUGGAAAGAGUGUGGUGGGGAUUGUAAAGGAUUAUCCUAAUUUCUAUCGUUCCAUUACAUCUGAACCACAACUUCGAUGGGUUGGACCUGAAAAGGGUGUACUUCAUUUGGCAACGGCUGCACUUUUGAAUGCAUUUUGGGAUCUCUAUGCAAAGAUUCAAAGAAAACCAUUGUGGAAGGUGUUUGUAGACAUGACACCAGAAGAGUUGGUUGGACUGUUGGACUUUAGAUACUUGAGUGAUGUCAUUACCAAAGAGGAGGCUAUUACAAUGCUCAAGAAACUAGAACCAACCAAACAAACAAGAGAAAAGGAAAUGUUGGAACUUGGUUACCCAUCGUACACCACAUCUGCCGGUUGGAUGGGAUACAGUGAUGAAAAGAUCACAAGACUAUGUAAAGGUGCCAUCGAAGAAGGAUUCAGUCACAUUAAAAUCAAAGUUGGUGCCGACAUUGAAGAUGAUAUUAGAAGAUGUCGUCUUAUUCGUAGUAUCUUGGGACCCGAUAGAAAACUAAUGGUCGAUGCCAACCAAAGAUGGGAUGUUAAUCAAGCCAUCGAUUACAUGAAACGUUUGGCUGAAUUUAAUCCAUGGUGGAUUGAAGAACCUACUAGUCCAGAUGAUAUUCUUGGUCAUGCCGCCAUUGCAAAAGCUAUUGCUCCUCUUAAAGUUGCUACAGGUGAACAAUGUCAAAAUAGAAUCAUUUUUAAACAAUUGUUACAAUCAAAUGCUAUAUCAUUUUGUCAACCUGAUAGUUGUAGAUUGGCAGGACCAACUGAAGUGAUUACAGUAAUGAUUCUUUGUGCUAAAUUUGGAGUACCUGUUUGUAUGCAUGCAGGUGGUGUUGGACUUUGUGAAUAUGUCAAUCAUCUUUGUAUUAUUGAUUAUAUCAUCGUUUCUGGUUCUUUGGAAAAUAGAAUUAGUGAAUAUGUUCCCCAUUUAAAUGAACAUUAUAUUCAUCCAUCAAUAAUGAAAAAGACAAGAUAUCAAUGUCCAUCACAUUCAGGAUAUGGUGGAGGAUUAAAAGAACAAACCAUUAAAGAUCAUAGAUAUCCAAAUGGUCCAGUAUGGUUAUCAAAAAACAAACCACCUGUACAUGAAAAGAAUGCCUAA